UAAUGCAACAAUUAAGUGGAUUAACCUAUCUUCAAAACAAAGAAAAUGGCUGCGCGCAUGAGAUGGAGUCUUCUACAGUUGAUACGGUCACGAAAUACAACAGUGACAACACACGUUAGCAGGUGUCCAGUCAACACGAAAAUCCAUUGUUACUCACAAUUAAUUGGCCAGAGUUUAAGAAAAGUUCGUCAUGGACCAGUGUCAGAUUUUGGGCCUACACAACUGUUAGUUCGACAUUUGUAUAUUCAGACACAGGACACGCCAAACCCUAGAAGCUUGAAGUUUCUCCCUGGUAAACCAGUGUUGGGGACAGGAACACUGGAUUUCCCUACUCCACAGAAUGCAGAAUGCUCCUCUUUAGCCAAGGAUCUCUUUGAAAUUGAAGGUGUAAAAAGUGUGUUCUUUGGCCCUGACUUCAUUACAGUCACAAAGGCAGAUGAUGAUGUGGAAUGGACUGACAUUAAGCGUCAUGCUGUGGAGGCCAUAACCAAGUUUUUUGAUAGCGGAGCCCCAAUAACCACAGGGGUGAGCCACCAUGAGAGUAGUCACUCAGAAGAUGAUGAUGAAAUUGUUUCCAUUAUUAAAGAGCUUCUAGAUACGAGAAUCAGACCAACAGUGCAGGAGGAUGGGGGUGAUGUAAUCUUUAAGGGCUUUGAAGAUGGCACAGUGAAGCUGAAGCUGGUGGGGUCCUGUACUGGCUGCCCCAGCUCAUCAGUCACCCUGAGAAACGGCAUCCAGAACAUGCUUCAGUUCUACAUCCCAGAGGUGGACGAUGUGGAGCAGGUGGAAGAUGAAGUGGAUGAAGUCAAUGCAAAAGUUUUCUCAGAGUUGGAGCGGAAAUUACACGAUUCAUAAAGCUUCCUGCUGCCCCCUGCUCCCUUACCCACAUAUUACUGGUGAUACAUAUAUUGUUAAUGAACAGCCUAUUUAAUACAAACCAAGAACACAAUUUUCUGCUGUAUCUACUUUAGUACAAAGUACAAUUGAGAGAUUAGAAUAUUCACCUUCACAUCUACUUGUUAGUGGCCAUUUGUUUCAAAUGUAUGUGAAUAUACUCCAUGUAAUGUGUGUACACUCUAGGCUUCACAGCAACACGAAAAUCCAAUCGAAAAUGUUCAGCAUUACUGUACAUUUGGAAACAUCUUGUAUUUAUUUCUGUAAAAUAUGACAAACUAGGCUUCACAGCAACACGAAAAUCCAAUCGAAAAUGUUCAGCAUUACUGUACAUUUGGAAACAUCUUGUAUUUAUUUCUGUAAAAUAUGACAAACAUGUCUAAUGACAGGAACAUUGUGGGUCCCGUCUUUUGCUCUGCCAAGAAACCAAUAGCAUCCCUGCUGCCCUCUUUAAUAUAUUUUUAUUAAUGCAUUCUAAUGAAAACUUGGCAUUGUGGUUUUACUGUGGGGUUACAGGUUUGCUUUGUGAAAAAACAGAUGGACUUAGAGAUGACCUGGACUGAAGAUUGAAAACACACCUUAUUGAAUGUAUAUAAUACACUAGUUCACUUUAUCCAUUCAUAUUUCUUUCUAGAGGUUAAAAUCUUAAUGAUACUUUAUCCCCCAAAUAAUAUACAAUGGUUAUUUGUUGUAAUUGUAAAAUCAGUUAAGUUGUAUGAGACUGUCUCCAAAAUGUGAAUAAACUGAGCGUAACAUCUA